AUGGAUUAUUUCAAAAAACUCUCUUCCCUACAAGAAAUUUCAAAACAACAACUUUUGAAAAUAUUCCUAGUAAAUCCAAAUCUAAAAUUUUUAGUCAUCGAGUCAUCUCUUAUAAAACCUUUGGAGAGAGUUUGUGGAGUGCAAUGGUUAAAAUCCUCUGGAAUCGAGAAAAUUUUCAAACUAGAACCGGUAGCUCCCAAUUUCCAAGACAACCCAAUUUUUUACAUGAUACCACCUGAAUUGAAAAUUUUCAAUAGAGUCGUCGACCAAAUUAGAGCACAAGUGGACAUAGAAAAUCCUCCCAGCAACAAAUACCACAUAAUAGUAAUCCCAAGACAACUUUACAUUUUCCAGGAAGAACUGGAACAAUACGGUCUUUUAGAUAGUGUAGUUAAAUUGCAUUCGUUUCAAUGGAUGCCAAUUCAUUUAGACACAGGCAUUUUAAGCCUAGAAAUGCCCCUUUUAUACAACACCCUUUUUGUCUAUGAAAAUUAUAGCCUACUACCAGCAUUAUCCAAAGCCUUAUGGCAAUUAUCCUUUGUCAUUGGUAAACCAAAUCUCAUAUUAACCCUUGGCCAACAUUCUAAUACCAUAUUAAAACAAUACGAAAACUUGUGUAUAGACAAAGGCGAUACUGAUAAAGUUGACUCAGAUUUUGGAGCUCUUAUAAUAAUUGACAGGAGUAUAGACUAUCCUAGUGCCUUGCUGACUCCAGGAAUUUAUGCUGGUUUGUUGAGUGAAAUUUAUCCUGUUAAAUCAGGCAUGUGUGACUAUAAGAAACCUGAAACUGAAACAAAUCUUGACAACAAAUGUAACCCUAUAAGAAAAAAACAGCCAGUGAAUAUUGCAUUAAACAGCCAACAAGAUACUGUUUAUGCUGAUAUUAAAAACAGAUAUUUUACACAAGUGACUUCAGUAUUGAGUAAUUUAACUAAACAGUUAAAAACGGAAAAAGUUAGUUCUCAAGAGAUGGCCCUAGAUGAAAUUAAGCAUUACGUUCAGACUCAAUUGCAAGCCACUAAAUUGAGAAAAAACUUAAUUUCAAAUCAUUUAUUGGCCGCAGAAAGCAUCAUAAAUAUUUUAGGCCAUAGAUAUGAGAGACAAAAAGAAGUUGAAAUUGAUAUAACUCACAAUUCAAAUAAAUCAGCUAAUUUUAGUUACUUGGAAGAAAUUUUGACUACUGAAAACGACAUGCUUUUAUCAUUGAGGCUUUUUUGUUUAAUAUCAAUCACUCAAUGCCUGUCUGAAACUGAAAUCAAAUCAUUUUGGCGCAAAUUUUUGCACCAGUUUGGUUACAGUUAUGGCUUUGCCUUCAAUAAUCUAACAACUUUAGGAUUUAUUGAAGAUUACACUCCAGGAAAACUGAAUUUAAAACUACCAAAAUUUGCUUCAAGCAAUUUUUAUACCAAUGCUAAAAAUCUCAGGCAAAUUCCAGCUGAUCCUGAUAAUGUUAAUUUGAACCACCCAACUUGUGCUAGUUACGUGUACGGUGGAGCUUAUAUUCCACUUAUAACUCAAAUAGCUGGCCUGCUAUUUAAUUCAAUACCUUUGGAGGAUGUUCAAAUUAAGUUGGAGAGUUUUGGGAAAGUUGCCAUCAGGAACGAAAAAAGAUAUCCAUUGUUGUGCAGAAAUAUUUUAGUCUAUGUUGUAGGCGGUGUAACUUAUGCCGAAAUAGCAGCGUGCAAUUUGCUGGAGACGCUUAUGGGGUCGAAAAUUUGCAUUUUGAGCGAUCGAAUUGUUAAUGGGAACGAUUUGAUGGGUGAAAUUUUAAGUUUACCUAAAUGA